AUGUGGUUUCAAAAAGAUUAUUCAAUCAGACUUAUAUUUAUUUUGUUUUAUUUUAUACUUAAUAUUUGUACAUUGGUUGUUGCUGAAGAUUUAAGUGUUGUAGAACUUGAUCAAAGAGACACACAGUCGGAUUUAAAUAAUUCUUCAGGUAAUAUAUUAGAUGAUGAAAUAGUUGACUUAGCGGAAGCUAUAGAUGAAGCCGAACAAAAAUUUGUAAGAGUUGAGGCAGAAGAUCCAGAAUUGGUUGGUUCAGUGCUUAAUGUUGAUAUAGAUGAGGCCAAUAAAGUUAAAAACAGGGUUGGAGAAAAUAAUUUUUCAUUAGGAAUAGAAGAUUCAAAGUCGUUUUUAUUUAGUAUAUUAAUGAUUGUUGUUUCAGAAGUUGGUGAUAAAACAUUUUUUAUUGCAGCAAUUAUGGCAAUGAAAAAUUCAAGAUUUUUAGUAUUUUCUGCGGCAUUUUCUGCUCUUGCACUGAUGUCAAUUCUGUCAGCUGUUUUAGGUCAUGCAGUACCAAACUUGAUUCCAGAAUCUUAUACAAAUUACCUUGCUUCAUUGUUGUUUUUAUUUUUUGGUAUAAAAAUGGGAUUUGAAGGAUGGCAAAUGACAGAUGAAGAUGCCAAACAAGAAUUGGAAGAAGUCACAGCAGAAUUGAAGGAAAAAGAGGAGACUGGGGUUAUUGAUAAGGCUGAAGGCGGUGGUUCAGUUGAUAAAACAAAGGAAUCAACUUUCAAUGAAGGAUUAAUCAACUUGUGUCAAUUUCUUUUUUCGCCUAUUUUUGUUCAAACAUUUGUAUUGACUUUUUUGGCUGAAUGGGGUGAUAGAUCACAAAUAGCAACUAUUGUUUUGGCUGCUGCGCAGGUUAAUAAUAACAUAUAA